CUUGCACAAGUCUCCUGUGAGCUUGUUCCCCCCAAGCCAAACCGGCCCACAGAAGGUAUACUGUUCUUCAACCUGGAGCUCUCUCCGAUGGCUGCCCCUGGUUUUGAGCCUGGCAGGCAAUCAGAGUUACUGGUGAAACUGAACAGACUGAUAGAGCGGUGCCUGAGAAAUUCCAAAUGCAUAGAUACGGAAUCACUCUGUGUUGUUGCUGGUGAAAAGGUUUGGCAGAUUCGUCUGGACUUGCACCUGCUAAACCACGAUGGCAACAUCAUAGAUGCCGCCAGCAUCGCGGGCAUCGUGGCGCUGUGCCACUUCCGCAGGCCAGAUGUGUCUGUGCAAGGAGAGGAGGUGACUGUGUACACUCCUGAGGAACGCGAUCCUGUCCCCUUGAGUAUCCACCACAUGCCCAUUUGUGUCAGUUUUGCCUUCUUCCAGCAAGGGACCUAUUUGCUGGUGGAUCCGAGUGAGCGUGAGGAACGCGUAAUGGACGGCGUCCUGGUGAUUGCCAUGAACAAACACCGUGAAAUCUGUACCAUCCAGUCCAGCGGAGGGAUCAUGCUGGUAAAGGAUCAGGUUCUGAGGUGCAGUAAAAUAACAGCUGUUAAGGUUGCAGAAAUAACAGAACUCAUUCAGAAAGCCUUGGAGAACGACCAAAAAGUUAGGAAGGAAGGGGGGAAGUUUGGCUUUGCAGAAUCCAUACCAAAUCAGAAGAUCACUGCUUUCAAAAUGGAGAGUGCUGCUGUCGAUACCAACAACGUGGAAGAACAAGCGGAAGAAAUCAUCACGAAGGCCGACCCUCCCUCAGAAGUUUUUGCCAAACCCAUAUUGCACACUCCUGGGACAGCCCAAAUUGGGGAAGGAAUAGAGAACUCCUGGGAAAACCUUGAAGAAUCUGAGAAGGAAGAAGCAGCAGAAGAGGACGGUGAAAGUGAGGCCACUGCUUUUGAUUAUCAGAAAAUGGAAAGCGAGGAUACGAGUAUGAUGAAGGAAACUAAAGAUAAAACUACUGUACUGUCCAGCAGUGAAGAGGAUGAUGUUGUUAUUCUGGAACCACAGGAACUACCAAGGAAAACAAGGGCACAGACCAACUUGAAAGAAGCAAAUACAAGUAAGAAAGCUUUUAACAAAAAGAGAAAAAAGAAGAGAGCUGCUCCUUAA